CCCCGCCCACCCAAUGCGUGGAUCCUCUACAGAAGCGACAAGCUGCGCGAGCUCACCGCACAUCGCGACCCAAGCGCUCCCAAGCGUCUGCAAGCUGACAUUUCGCGCGAAAUCGGUCUCAUGUGGAAAUCCGAGAACCCAGAAGUCAAGCACGAGUACGAACGCAUCGCCGAUAUCAAGAAACAAGAGCAUUCGCAGAUGUUCCCCGGGUACAAGUUCCAACCC